AUGAAUAAUCAGUUGUUAUUUGAUGAAAGGACAACGCUCAAUAGCAGUUUCUAUACCAAUGAAUUAUGUGUUAACACUAGGUGUGGACAUAGUACAGAGAUAAAGAUUAUGAAAAAAUGGGUAACGACAUACAAUAAAUGUCCUUAUUGUUUUAUCACAUCCAAACCAAAUGAUAUAAUUAAAAUUUUUCAUGAAGAUACAAUAAAUGAAAAAUAUGGUGAAUAUUAUGAAAACAAAUAUAAAGAAUUAAAAAAAUAUUUAGAUGAAAUGAGUAAAAAUAAACAUUUUAAUGAAAAAGAAAAUACUAUAAAAAAUUUUGAAUUUAAAGUAGAAUGUAAAAAAAAUAAGGAAUUAAAUAAGUUACUGUAUCAGAAGAUUGAAAAUGGAUAUAAUUUUAUAGAUCAAAAUGCCAUAGAAGAUAUGAUUCAAAUUGAGAUGAAGGCAAAAGAUGAAGAAAUAAAUAUUCUUAAAUUAAAAAUUUUUGAAGCUAACGAUAGUAGUAUGUUAGAUGAGAAAGAUGUUGCUAAUACAAAUAGAUUGUACAAAUUAAAAAAUAGUUUAAGACAUUAUAAAGAAGAAACAAUUAAAUAUCUUUCAAGAUUACAACUUCUUCAAGAACAAUAUAAUAUAUUAAACAAAGAAAAUAUUGUAUUGAAAGAUAAAUGUUCAAAAAUUAAUGAUCUUCAGGAAUUAAAGGAUAAAAUAGGAAAUCAAAUGGAGAUAAUUGAUAAUCUUACAAACAAAAAUGAAGUUUUAACAAAAGAAGCUCAAAAUCAUGAAAAGAUAAAUGAAAGGCAAAACAAAAAAAUUGAAAAAAAAUUUCAUGAAUUGAAUAAUCAAUAUCAAGAAUUAAAAAAUAAAGCAGACAUAUUAGAAAAAAAAAUUAAAUCAUUUGAUAAUGAUGAAAAAGAAUACUAUAAAUUUAAUAAAACUUUAUGUGAUAUAAUUCCUGAUUUUAAUUAUAAAAACAAAACAUUGGAAUUGUCACGUAGUUUGUUUUUAAAUGAACAACAAAAACUUGGUUCUCCAGUAUGGAAAAAAGUAGAGGAUGAUAUAUAUUUUGGAAUUAAAAAAUUUGUUGAUUUAUUUAAUAAUUAA